AUGGUAUGUUUUGCUGCCGUCUUGACUAGAUGGCGGCUUCGCAUGCUCUCGAUCCGAUAUGCUGCUGCAGACUUGCUUGACUGCCUGUUCCAACAUUUCUCACAUUCUGGGCAACAAAGCUUGCUGUCGCUCGUAAACCCCGACGCUUUGAACCUGAGCAGCGUUAUAAAAAGGGUUUUCCGUGCAUCUGAACUUCCCAACUUCUUUGGGAGCGCGAUUUGGCUUAUUGGCAAGACUUUUUCAAAAAUCUUAAAGAACAGGGAUGUCCUUAGUGCGAUCUUCGAGGCUUUUGGCUUGGAGCUAGGUAUCAACGGUGAAAUGAACGAUGGUCGUCAGAUCAGGAAAAACCUGAAGUCAGCCGCACUCACCUGUAGCGCAUUCUUCGAAUCGGCAUCAGACUGCCUGUGGCGCAUCAUGGACUCGUUUAUGCCUCUUUUAAACCUUAUUCCUUCUUUCAAGGAAAUCGGUGGAUUAUUAGCGAUUAGGGGACAGGUAGACUGGCGGCGCUUUGACUACUACUCUCAGAAAGUUAGAUCGUUUGUUGUGAGGCUUGGUCCUGGUUGGCCGAAUAUCGCGGGAUACACGUAUGCUCAACUUUCAAACCUCCGACUGCGUCCAUUUUUUCCUGCUUUGUGCAACGUCUAUAUUCUUUCCUUUGAGGGCGACACUUUGAAUUUGUCUUCCCUCUUCUUCCUUCAGGUACCGACACUCCAGCGACUUUUCAUCAGCAAUGUCGUGGAUGCGACCUUCAUCGAAUCUUUCAUCUCCUCUGCAGCGGGAACGUCGACUCAUUUACGGUAUCUCCAUCUCGAGGGGUGUUGUACAAGCUCUUCAUUGGCAGCGAUCGUAAACAUUCUUAACCUGACAUCGCUGACACUCGUUUUGCGAGACGUCUCCUUUGAUCCUUACAUCGUGAGGACCUUGUCGAAUCUUCCACGUCUAGCGGUACUUGUUAUGAACUUCCAAGGGUGUCCACGCAUUACCCUGGAUAAGUCUGAUGCUGAAUUUGUCAAAGGACAAGGUUCCCCAUUCCAGAGCCUUCAACUUUUUCGAUGCACUGGUUCAGCCCUUCCCCUCUCGAUCAUCUUACAAUUCAUGGUGGAAGCUCCUCUCCGCAUUAUAGACUUCAGCAUCUGUGAAACUCCUCAUUGGGAAGCGGAUAUGACCGCUUGCAUCAAGGUCGUGGGGGCUCUGAAAUCCUUGAAAAUCAUCCGGAUCAAGAAUAGCCCAGGAAGUAAUUUUGAUACACGUUUGGGGGUACUUCUACCCCUUGGAGAUUUAGAGCUUCAGGUCCUCAAAGUCGUGGGCUUUCACUUAGAGGCCUCUGCUGGCGAUCUCCACAGAUUGACGAUUUGGCCGUCCAACGCUAGUUGGAGGAACUUAACUUGUCUGCACCUUCCCGUUUAUGGAAGAGAGGCCAGUUUCAGUGGAAAGAUAACACUCGAUGAGUUGACAUGUUUUGUGAGGACCUGCCCAGUACUCGAGGAGUUGAAAUUUUUUGUGAACCUAUCCGAGGUUCCAUCCCCUCCUGAUCGUGCACCAAACCACCCCCUCAAACACCUCAUCAUUGGUAGCCGCCUGGGGAAGUGGACGGUUGCGGAUAUGAUCAGCAUAGCUCGAUUCAUUGAUAAACUUUUCCCUCAUCUUGAACAAUUACGAGGCUAUGCAGUGGAAGGCUUGCAACAUGAUUCAGAUUCCAACUGGACACAAAUUGAGAGUAUCCUACUCUCGUACCAGGCUGUCAGGGGGGAGACUAUAAAGAUUUUGUGA